AUGAAGGUACUGUCUGCUAUUUCUGAAGAUGAAGGAGAAAGAGUAAACAAAUGUGAAACUGCUAAAGAAAUUUGGUCAAUACUUGAAACAACACAUGAAGGAACAUCAGAAGUUAAGGAAACCAGAAUAGACAUGUUGCUAAAAGAAUAUGAAACUUAUGAUAUGCUGCCUGGUGAAUCCAUUUCAGAAAUGGAUAAAAGAUUCUCCACCUUAGUUAAUCGACUUAAAGGAUUAGGUAAAGACUUUACAAGCAAGGAGCUUGUUAGAAAGGUGCUUAGAUCCCUUCCUCUUGAAUGGAUGGCUAAAAGAACUGUCAUUGAGGAAGUUAAGGAUCUCAAUGUGUUGUCUCUUGAGAACCUAAUUGGAUCUCUUCUUAGUCAUGAGGAAAUUCUAAAAUAA